GCCCAGGUCACUUGAAAGUUUACGACUGACGUCCCCUGUUGGACACCCAUCAUUCAAGCUAAGCAGCUUCAUGGUCUUGGAGGAAUUGUGUCUCUGGUUGCGGGCUUGUAUGCGUUUUGCGGGUUCAGGCCACCGUCGAGGUAGGCAUCGGUUUCGUUGGUAUGUGCUUCCUCCAUUGCGUCAAAGUUCACAACCUUGGAAGGUCGCUUAGGCUGACAGGUUGGUUGAUUCGGCGAGGACUCAUGAUCCGCAGAAGGCGGAUUCUCCUGCAAAAGGGGUUACAGUCAUGGCCAGCAGGUUUUGGUAAUUCCAAAAAGAAUGCUUACCUCGAGAGCUGCGGCCCUGAAUCUAGGUACCUACUUAAGUACCUAGGUAGGUAGCAAGCUCAUUGCGGCUAGGAAGCAUGGUUGAUGGGUGCUGCUAAUGGGAGACUUAGCUGAACGCGUCUAAGAAAGGAGAUCUUGAGAGACAGGGCGUUGCGGACUGCGAUAGGCAAGAGGCUCAAAACAUCACCCUGGCCAAGGUGAUGCGGCAGCCGUUUGCAUCGAAUGUGGCCAAAAUACAUGAGGUAGAGAUGCUUGGUGGCCCAAAUUCCCAAAGUUGCUACUCAGCCGUCACGUUGCUGUGCACAGGUAGGGACAAGGAGAAGGAGACGGACAGCAGGAGGAUUUCUUCUUUGCAUCGCUGGACCAGCUAACGAGUGCAAUGAAAAAAAAAGGAUUGAGGUCAGCCAUGGGCAAGCCCAGAGGACUGGCCUUUGAAUGUCUGCCUCCAACUAAUAAGUACACAAGGCGAAUGGAUAACCAUGACGCCCAUGUCUCUUCGAGGCAGUCGGCAUGGUCAGGAAAAUCCAUCGUCCCAAGACUUGGUCAGGAAGAUCCAUCGUCCCAAGACUCGGUCAGGAAGAUCCAUCGUCCCAAUAUGCCGAUUAAUCUACGAGGGUUCUUAACUCGAACGGCAUAUCUCCCGCCAAGCCGUCGAGUAUGCUACCCCUCGCGAGCCUAGCAAAAUGCUUAAAGACCCAGCCUCCAAGCGGCUUCCGGUCCGGCCUGGGGGAGAAGAGAACAUGAUCAUGGGAAGGGCAAGGGGGCGCGAGGCCUUUUAUAAUAAAUGCAGCGGCAGAAUCCAGUGCAGCCGUUUUUUGACCGCCUGCUGUUUUGCCUGGCAGUUGCUCAGGUGGUGUUGGCAGCUGCGCAGGUGGUGUUGACACCCAUGGGCAGCUCGUGGAGGAAGGUGCGCUCCUUCCCUGGGCACUUAUCGGCAGGUGUGCGGUGCACGAGCCCAGUACCGGGCAUGUCACCCGAGGUGGAGCGCCAGGUGGUCGUCUACAUUCUUGUCAGGUGCGCUUCCAUGUCGGCUGAUAAGAGCCAGCGGCUCACGGCACAUCCUGGAUGUUGUGUUGUCGCGGUGGUGAGGCUGUGGGAGGAAGCCCCAUACUGCAUGUCAAGGAGGCCGGCCAUUUGCACAGGCCGACAGCGGCUGACCCAUUGAAGUGUACGGCUGUCAUGCCUUUGAAGGGCAAGCUACGGCAGAAGUUGAAUACCAGACCUUCACAAUUGAAAACAGAAGUUCUGGUUGAUUGUA